AUGGCGUCCUCAGAGCCCGCACAGCUGCCCCCAGCGGCGACCCGCCAGUCCAACUUCGAGCAGGGCGUUGCCUACGCCCUCCACCUCUGGCCGGCCCUCACCCUCUCCGUCCAGAACCAAUGGGGCGGCCCCGACUCCGCCGACAAGCGCGACUGGUUUGCUGGCGCCAUCGCCGAGCUGUUCCCCGAGUUUGUCGACACACCGCUCGCCAAGGCCGUCGAGGAGCCCGACUUGGAGGAUGUCGAGACUAUGCUGCUCCAAAUCAUGGUUGACGAGUUCGAGGUCAACGUCGACGACGAUUCUGGCACAGAGGUUGCCACCAACAUCAUGAAGGUGCGCGCCGGAUGCGCCAUUGGCCAGUUCGACGACGUCGACGCCUUGAGGACCCGGUUCAUGAACCGCAACGGAACCAAGGUGGACCAGAUGUUCAAGAAAGCCGAUGAUGCCGACCAGGACACGGACUGGGAGAGUGACGACUCGGACGAUGAGGAUGAAGGCGCUGACGUUGAGAUGGACGACGCUCCCCAGCUAGUGGCACCCAAGCAGAAGCAGGAACCUCAGGUCGACGAGGAUGGCUUUACCAUGGUCACCAAGAAGAGGUAA